AUAACACGGGGCGAUACAAAAAUACACGGAUUUAGUAUGAAAGUACGGUGCAAUAAUGAAUUUUGAAUCGGGAAGAUUCUUGUAUUGUGUGCACAUAAUUUUCAUUUCAUUAAUGACAAUUCAUGUAUACAAUAUCAAUUCAUAGUAGCAAUGUGGUUUGAAACGUGGCUACUGGAAUACAUCCAUUGAGAAUAAAUUUGAUGGUAACGAGUUGUCGAGUCGAUAGUUGCGUUUAGAGACGACGAAUCUCAGUUCGGCUAGACUCUAAAAAUAACCAACGUUCCGUGCUUUUUCGUGUUGUAUUGCUUCUCACUUCGUGCUACGCUCUCAAUUGUUGCAGAAUAGCUUGUCCAAUUUCCUUGAGUUUUUUUUUAAUUGAGAACUCAUUAAUAUUGCAUACGAGUGGGUUCGUUACGUUUUGUGCCGCAUAACCUCCACAUCCGAAAAAGAACACUGAAAAACAUUUUGGAGAAGGUUGAUAUUUAGCGACUAUCAGGGAUAAUGGACGUAGAUAUUGAAAAAGAUAACAUAGACACCAUGAACGAAGUGUUAAAGGAUACUCCUCAGGCUCCUGAUGAAAAUGCAACUGCUUCAACCCACGGCAAAAAGCACUCGAAACAGAAAAAGCGAGACUCUACGUUCCUCUACGGAAAUGAAGUGGCAGAAAUUCUCAAAUCUUCGGACACGUCAGAGCAAAAAUUAUCAACAGUUUGUAACAAAUACGCCGAGAUGCUACAUGCUAAUCGUAAACUAAUGAUGGCUUACAAAAUGGCAGAAGGUAGAAUUGCUAAAAUGCAACAGGAGAAUGAACAAUGCCAACAACAGCGUUCUAAAGCCGUUCUGGCACGAUCAAGAUUAGAAAAUUUAUGUCGUGAGUUACAGAAACUAAAUAAAGCUCAAAAGGAGGAAAUUGAUUUGAAGUUGCGACUGGAGGAGGAGAAACGAAAGGAGAUUUCUGCAACUUUUCAGAGUGCAUUUGCUGAGAUGAGUACACUCACUAAUCAAAAUACUGAGAAAAAUACGAAAAUGAGGGAGGAAAAUCUGGAGAUGAGAGAAAAAAUUAAAUUUGUUAGAGAGAGAAUUGAGUUGAGUGAACAACAGUUGGAAAAGGUCAGACAACAGGCGCAGCUUGAGUUACAGUUGGCCGAAGCGAAAAUGGCCAAAGUUAAAAUGGAAAUGACUGCUGAGAAAGAGACAUUGCUGAAAGAGAAACAGCAGUUGUUACUGAAAUUAACCGAGUAUCAAGUAAGAAUACAGGAGCUGCAGGCCACUGAAGUGGGGCUGAGAAGUCAGAUAAGCAUGUAUACCGAGAAGUAUGAUGACUUUCAAAAUGCACUCACGAAGAGCAAUGAAGUUUUCAGUGGUUUCAAUGAAGAGAUGGAAAAGAUGUCCAAGAAAAUCUUAAAAUUGGAAAAGGAAACAAGCCUAUGGAAACAACGGUGGGAAAAAAGUCACGCAGCACUACUGGACAUGGCAGCUGACAAGCAGACUCGUGAUGCAGAGAUGUCAAAACUCACUCACAAGCUCUCAUUACUUCAGGAGCUGUGCAAAGCCUUUCAACGCGAGCGAACUGAACUCCUGGCCCAGUUACGUGCCCACGCCCACGCAAAUCCAUCCGACGAUCCUACCAAAAUAAAUAAAAUGGACAUUCAACAGGUGGAGGAACUAUCAAAAGACUGUCAAGAGUUGAAGGAUAACUUGGUCCAAUUACAAGGUUCUUUAGCAGAAGUCAUCUUCGAGACUGAAAAUGAGCAAAAAAUCCAAGAAUCUCAAGAAGAAUCAGAUAAAAAUUUGAAGACUGAAACUGUUGUAAUCAAUUCUCUCUCAGCUGAAAGUAAUAAUGACCAAGAAAUUAAAGAUAAAUUAUCUGAAAUUAAGGUUAGUGAUAGUGAACCUGAGGAGACAAAAGAGAAAAGCAAUUUGACGGAACAUUCUCAUGAUGAUAAUCAAUCAACAAAUGCAAUUACUGAAAUAACUUCAAAUUCACAAACUGUGAUAGAGAUGACCACAAAAGACAUCACAAUUACUGAAGAUUCACAAAGUCGUAAUAAAUCUGACUGUGAGAAUCCAUCUUGUCUGGAAAAAAAUGUCCCACUUUCAGAAACAACGGUCAAACUGUCACCUUCGCAUUCGACUGAUGAAGUUCAGAAAAAUGAUUCUGUGGUUUCUCCAGCUUCCGACGAAACCCAGAAGACUAAUAAUUCAGAAAAAAAAUCUAAGGUGGGUACAUAGGAAUGUCCAGUAGUUCAUUUGUAUCAGGAGUGAAACAUCUUUUCUUUUGCAUAUUUUUUUGGAGGAGGGGCAAAAAAGAAAAGGUAGAUAAUAAUGUUCCCAAUGGUAUUGUCAUGUAUAUUUAAGAUAAGAUGUUCAUUAGUGUCACCUAUAUUGAGAUUGUCAAUAUAGCUGAUUACAUUGAAGUUGUCAUUUCGAGCGACUCAUCGAUCCACCAAUUUACCAGUCAAUCAGUCGUAAAUUACGAGAAUGUUUAUACGAGAAAAUAUGUAAUGGUGAUUAUUAUACGUAACAAAUUAUGGACAUAAAUAAUAAUCAAUUUCAUGAAGAUGAUAUAAGGCGUCGUGAAAAUUUGAGUUUAAUUCAAUUUGUAAAAUUUUAGAUUGAUUUAAUUCUACUUGAUUUCACAUUAAUAAACCGUUGGAAGAAUUUUAUCA